CAGAAGUUAUCACGAUUUGAGUAUGGAUGUGCCGUCGUCGACAGCCGGUGACAGCGAGCCUGGGCCACGGAAAAAAAGAAAAUGUGGCUCUCGCUGCAAUGCAGGAGGAUGCAGCAACACCAUCUUUGAUGGGUUUUUUGUACAUAGGAUGCCAGGGAGUAUGCCAGUAGAGCCAGGAGAGAGAUUCACCGGCACCCAAAAGUCCUGGAUCGAGUUCAUCAAACGUAAACGCAAGUUUGAAGCCAAAUCGUAUAAACAUAUUAACUUAUGCAGUGGCCAUUUUGUGGAAGCGGACUACGUAUACACUGAAGUGCAAAUGUACAAACACGGAAUUAGAAAAAAAUCACCCAACCUGAAAAAGGAUGCUUUCCCCACUGUCAUCGUUGCUGAGCACCCUUUCCCACCCAAGUGGUUUGUGCCUGCCCCAACAAUGCAACAGUCGGGAGCAAUCUGUGCCUCGCCCUUGGGUGGGCAUGGUGGGGAGGCUCCAACGAGUUCGACAUCGCCACCAUCACAAGCAGAUCAAGGUGCAUCUAGUAUAUCAGAAGUCCACAUCCAUGGCCUUGCUGAAGAAGAGCCAGAGCUUGAUGCUGGCAGUGGCAUGAGACAGACUAAGAGUCUUGCCACUGGUGGUGGGAAGAGGAAGAUGUCUGCCCUUGUGAGGAGAAAGGAAAUCCAUGCAAUAUGUACGGAGUAUGAAGAAAAGGUAGAUGAGGAGAAAAGAAAAGAAAUGGAGAGAGACAUUUUGGACCGGUCAAAAGGAGAGCAGUGUUCUGUAAAGAUGGUACAUCAUAGAGUAGGAAUCGGAAAAGGACAGCGAUCUUGCAAAGUACAGGUGAAGCCAAAGACUUCUUCUAGAGGAACACAAGUGAAUAUCUAUAGCAAGCCUGAUACUGCAUCAUUAGUUCAGUAUUGUGACGCUGCAUCACAGACAACCGAAAGCAAACCUAUGACAGAACAGCAAGAGGAAGAUGACCAUGAUGAUGAUGACGAUGAUGUUUUUGGUGAUGAUGAAAGGAAAGAUCCGACUUACGACCCUCUUGACAGUCCAGAUGAGGAAGUUCAAGAUGUAGAUCAACCUACAAACAUUUGGGAGGAGUCUAAGUAUAUAGUUUUCGAAACCCAGCUUCUUGCCCUCUUCCAAGUCUGUAGGAAUUGUUUGUCACAGUCUGUGGAUAUUCAGAAAGUACGUCCAAAGUGUUAUGGAUCGCAGCUGAAAAUAAUUGCCACAUGCCAGCGAUGUAGCCAUGUCUACGAUUGGUACAGCCAACCUAAAGUUGGAAAUGUAAUGGCAGGAAACCUGCUGCUUUCUGCUGCCAUUUUGUAUGGAGGGGCAAGCCCAACAAAGGUGUUAAGAGUUCUGAAUCAUAUGAACUUAAAGGUGAUUUCUAAUCAAACAUUCUUGGAUCAUCAGAAGGAGUACCUCCAACCUUCUAUAAUAAGAGUGGCACAGCGCCAACAACAUCAGCUGCUCAACAGAAUAAAGCCGGGUGAGAAGCUGAUCAUAGGCGGAGACGGCCGCUCUGACUCCCCAGGCCACAGUGCCAAAUUUGGCAGCUACACAUUCAUGGACAUGAAGACGAAGAAGGUGAUUGAUGUCCAACUAGUUCAGUCCAAUGAGGUAAAAAGUAGUAAUGCCAUGGAAAAAGAGGGACUCUCCAGAGGUUUGGCCAACUUGUAUAGCAAGGGUCUCGUUGUUGGCACCUUAAUUACUGACAGACAUGCCCAAGUCGCAAAGUGGAUUCGUGAAAAUUAUCCUGAGAUUGACCACCGAUAUGAUGUCUGGCAUAUUGCUAAGGGCAUUCAGAAGAAGAUCCUAGUUGUGGCCAAGCUGAAAGACUGUGAACUUGCAGGGAAGUGGAAACCAGCAAUCGUGAACCAUGUCUACUGGAGUGCGAUGUCAACUCCGGACGGAGAUGGAGAACUGAUGGUAGCAAAGUUCCGAUCCAUUGAGAACCACAUCAGGAACAUCCAUGAAGAACACAGUGCUAUUUUCCCCAAGUGUGAACAUAGUGAAGACUAUCCACAACGAGAGUGGAUGAAAGAAGGGACUAAAGUCUAUGAGAAGUUGAUGCAAGAGGUAAUGAAGACAAGGUUCCUGAACGACAUGAAGAAGAUGUCUCCUCUUGAGCAGACAAGUUCCGUGGAGGCCUUCCAUAGUGUGCUUCUAUAUUGGUGUCCCAAAAUGUUGGCAUUCUCACAUAGUGGAAUGCUAUGCCGACUCUACCUUGCACAAAUGCAUUGGAAUGAGAAUGCUGAUCGAACCCAAGCGCUCACUACAGAUGGAAUGCCGAUGUACAAGAUCACCUUUCCAAAGGCCAAGGCAGGAGGACACACUGUAUCAAGAGUGUUGACAACAUGCACAUUCAAUUAUGUUGAAGAACUUAUGGAAGAAACCAUUCAGCUAGUGUCAAGGAAGCAGAAGUUACGUCCUCAGAUGGCAGAGCUUCAAGGAAAACCUGCUUUGUGCUCCGAGUUCCAACACCCAGAUAAAGCAGAAGCUGUCAGGCAGUUAGAGGCCCAUCGACGAUUUGCAAAGCAAUAGAUACCUUAUCGUAGUCAUCCAUAGAAGAGCUACAUUCAGGCAAUGAAAUGUCAUCUCAUAAAGAUAUCAUAAAGUUUUGCUAUACUUGACAACGUCCAGAUCAUGUCAGAUGCAAGUGUCUAAUGAUAUCAAAUAAUCAAGAUACAUCAUCUAGUGAUAUUUUUUUGGAGUGAACUAUGCCUCAAAUCACAUGAAUUUAUUUUGGAAACAAUAACCCAGACUUCAUUGAAAUGACAACUUAACAUUUUGUGCCUUUAACUUUUACAUUUCAUUAGUUUUACUGCAUUCUUAUGACCUGAAGAAAUCCAGUAAAUUUUGAUGAUUGUGUAUUUUCUCAUGGUAUUAUAAUUUUGUGCUGAUGUACCUAAAUGUAUGAAAUAUAUUUGGAAUAUGCUUCCAAUGAUAACAAAGCUUUGAUUACAAAGAGAUAGUUAUAAAAUUAUCCAUCUACUAUGGCAUCAUUUCAAACAUUUUGAUGCAAGAUCAUGUUUUACAUAAGUCGGAAUGAGAAACCAUUUUGGGGUACAAAUAUCCUGCUGUACUAUUAACAGAUUGAGAUUUGCCCACAUUGUGCAGCACUCAAACGAAGUGAGGUUGAAGUCAAUGCCAUUUGCAGUGAGACAUUGUUUCAACCAACCAGAAUUUAUUCAGCAGCUACAAGCUGAACAUUGAUUUGUUAUAAUUAGUUUGGACACGUAUCUAUUUGCUGCAAAUUGUGUGUGCAAAAUAAACCCCUAGACAAUUUUUUUGCGAGGAUUUAUUUACUCAUUUUGGCCCCUGUACAAGUCGCCAGAAUAUUACCCCGGGAAAAGCUUGGGGAAAGAACAUACCCUUAAUACGUUUGACCCCUGGAUUGACCAGUCUUUAAAAAGUACCCAUUUUUUUAAAUCGGUGUUUUUGAUACCCAGGAGUGCAUGCGCAUCCCACAUCCAAAACUGAAAAAACACCCCUUUACACCUGUUUUUUGGGUCACGCGUGUGUACAGCAAUAUAUUUGACUCCCUGCGGCAAAUACUUAUUCUCAUUUUAUAAGUUGAAUGCAUAUUAAAUCACACUUGUUUAACAUCUCUUUGUGUAUAGUACUGUCCCAAGGUAUUGUGACAUGGCCCUGGGAAACGGGACUGAAGCCCCCAGGAUAUUCAUGGGAGUGCUGCGUCAUUCUCCAUAGGCAGCACCCCCUGAAAUUCUGGAAGGUGUGAAAAAAAUUGGAAAUGGUCCCGAAGUAACCUUCAUUUUGUAGUAAAACUUUAAUUUUUUUUUUGGGGGGGGCUUUCCAAUCUAUCGAGACUGAAAUGACCUUUAUUUUGUAGUGAAAACUUUUUUGUUUAAGCUUUUCAAAUUCAUAUCAGCACCCCCAGUAAGUAGAUAAAAAAAUCCAAGGGCCCUGGUGUUCUGUACAUGUAUGCAGUAAGUGUAAGUUAACCCUAUCUAGGCCGGGGGGGGGGGCCUCGGAAGCCCCCCUCAACAAAUCACGCAAUAUUUUCGCUGUGCAAAAUUUUUUGACCGCGCCGCUCGCUGACUUUUUACAUGUACUUUCAAGUCUUCCGCAACUUUAAGUCACCUGGGUACGUGGUUCCGAAAUUACGUAACAUUGUGUAAGUGCAUGUCAGACCAAAAAUUGCUCAAAAACGUGAUUUCGUGU